AUGCCCCGCGCCAAGGCCGGUCGCCGCAACACGCUCGCCAAGGAGGCCUCGUGCAACGAGGUGCAGCAGGCAAGCCCGACCAAGCCCAGCGCUCUUCGGCGGCCGCGCGGCGAUCUCGCGCACGAAAUGCAGGCCAUGAGCCUUGCGUCCGAGGCCAAGAGCCGGAGGCGGCAAUGCCACUUGGUGGUGCUCGCCACCGAAGCCAAGGCCGGCGUGGUCAAGAUCGCGUACGCAGACGCUAGCUCGUACCGUGGCCAAGUCCUUCCUGGCUCUAGCCCGCCACAGCGUCACGGCAAAGGCACGUUUGAAGCCCACGACGGCGACGUGCUCGAGGGCUCCUGGAAGGACGACCGGCUGCACGGCUUUGGCACGCGCAUCUUCUCGCGCACGGGUGACCGCCACGAAGGUAUGUACUACAAGGACAAGCGCCAUGGCCGAGGCACAUACCUCUGGAGCAACGGCGACAAAUUCGUCGGUGAGUUCUACAACGGACGGAUGCACGGGCCGGGCAUCUUGAUCGCGGCCAACGGCGACACCUUUGAAGGCGAGUGGACCAAGGGUGCGGUCGCCUCCGGUGUGCUCACGUCGGCCAGCGGCGAUGUCCUCGCGGGCCACGACCAUGCCUCCUCUGCCUGGCACGACGGGCGCUUCACCGGCGUCGGUCGCAAGCUCUUCCGCAACGGCGAUUCGUAUCUCGGGUCGUUCGUCGCGAGCGUCCUCUCUGGCCUUGGCACCUACACGUGGGCGAAUGGAGAUGUGUACCAAGGCGAGAUGACCGCCAACAAGAUGCAUGGGCGCGGUGCGGUAUCGUACGCGGGCGGGCGCUACGACGGCGCGUUCGCUCGCGGCGUGUACCACGGGUAUGGUCGACGCACGUAUGCGUCCGGAGCCGUCUACGAAGGCCACUUUGAGCACGGCGCCCGGCACGGAUUUGGCAAGUACCAAUGGAUCGACGGCGAGGUGUACCAAGGCGAAUGGGCCCACGACCGGCCGCAUGGCAUCGGCGUCUGGUCCAGCGACGACCGCUUCUUCCAUGGUGGCUGGCGCCGCGGCGUGCCGCACGGACCGGGCGCCUACGUCGACCAAGUGACAAAAGAAGCGACGUACGCCGAGUUCUCGCUCGGCACGAGUGCAGACGGCCGCCUUGUUAUACCCGAGCUCCUUCUCGACGCAUAAUGUGGUCUCUGAAAGAGUGUAUGUGGCAGUCG